CUCCCCUGCGAGCUCCCAGCGGCUGCAGCGGCGGCGACAGCGGCGGCGGCAGCAUCUCUGCAGGUCCGGGGACAGCAGCGCGAGAUGAUAGAUUUCUUGGGUGAAGAUUCUGCUGAUCUGUGUCUUCUUGGGAGACAGAGGGAUGAGUCAAUGGAGUAAUCUGGAGAGCUGAAUUCAUCUGACUAUUUUGGAAGAAAGAGGGAGUCACCAUUGGCCAAAUUAUGUUGGUGCAAAUGCCCUUGGUCAACCAAGAACAACGGGGAUUCUGGUAACAGCGAUGUCAACUCUCAUUCUGUGAAAACUCACAGAUCCCAUACAAUGGAGGAAUUAUACAAGGACACCCAAAACCUACCCAUGGAUGUUGCCAGUUCUCCUCCCUCCUUGGCCAACAACAAACUGGAAAAUGGGGUGGCCCAGCUGAUCACUGCUGAAGCAUGGAAUAUCAACUCAACAGACUUGAUGAAAAAGGCGCUUUCACCGCUGGUGACUGUUCCAGCCCCUUCCAUCCUGACCCCUCCAGCAGAAUCACAAAGCGGGGUAGCCCUCAAAGUCGCAGCGACUGUGCUUCAGCCAAUUUGCUUAGGGGACAGCCCAGUGGUCCUGCCAAUACAUUUACAAGUUGCAGGAAGCACCACACCUCAGAUCAGCCCCAAUACUAACACUCCCUAUGUCAUGACUACCCAAGGUCCAGUGCCUCUGCCUGUCCUCCUAGAGCAGCAUGUGUUCCAACAUUUAAAUUCUCCACUGGUCUUGCCCCAGAGUGCUCCCUGCCCCACCAAUCCCAUUCACAACACUCUUUUCCAAGGGGCUUCUGCCCCUGUGGGACAACCCCAGCUGCUAGAUCAGAAACCCCCUGGUCAACCCCAGGAACCUGUGUUACCCCCAGUAUUUCAGACACCAGGGUUUGCUGCUGUUCUUCAGGACUUGUUUCCUUCCCAGGGGACUUUAGGCUCAUCACCUUGCCAACCUCCUCCAGAUUAUGCUUCCGUCCCACCUCAACCUUUUAGCUCUCCACUGUCUCCUCUGGUCCCACCAGCCACUCUCCUGGUGCCAUAUCCUGUGAUUGUCCCCUUGCCAGUGCCGGUUCCUAUUCCCAUUCCCAUUCCCAUAGCUGUGCCCCACAGUUCUGAAUCCAAACUCAACCCUGACUUCCCCAAGCCACCCUCCUUCGCUAUGUACUCCUGCAAAGGAACUCAAACCCCUCUAGAGAAGGAAGAGAUAAAACCCUUCAACUUUCUCCAGCAGCGGGAGUUUUCCCAACUCAGCCGCCACACAGUGAUCAAAAUGGGCAACGAGAACGAGGCCCUGGACCUUUCCAUGAAGUCCACGCCCUUGCUCAAAGCGAGCGAGGUCAGCCCCCUGCCAUACCCUGAAGAUAGUGCACUAGACCUAUCUCUCUCUUCCUCCCGUAAGGCAGGAGGUUCUGGGCCUCUCCCUGAGACAGUGCUGUGUCCCAGUUCAGCCAUGGACAGCCCAGCCCUUCCCUUGAUGGAGAAACUGUCCGGCGCAGUUAUCCCUUUCACCCAGCCUAAGCCACAUGAAACCUCCAUCAAAGACAGCCGCAGCAGUAGCAGCAGCAACUCGUCUGAGCUCCUGAGGCAACAGCAGAAGUGGCUAGUGGACCAGACCAGCCGCCCAGGCUGUGAGCCCAAGACUGGAAAUAACAUUGAGAUUGUAAGCACGUCACAGACAGCCAAAGUGAUCGUCUCUGUCAAGGAUGCAGUGCCCACAAUUUUUUGUGGCAAGAUCAAAGGCCUGUCGGGGGUAUCCACCAAAAACUUUUCCUUCAAGAGAGACCUUCCCCAGGAUUCUGUGCUGCAAUGUUAUGAUGUCAAGGGCCAGGCAGAGUCCAGGGAAAAUGCAGAAUCCCUUAGGAAACCCAUCAAAAACCGAAGUGUAAAGUUAAAGAAAAUGAACUCCCAGGAAAUACAUAUUCUUCCAAUCAAAAAGCAACGGCUGGCUGCCUUUUUUCCAAGAAAGUAAAUUAUGGCUUUUUAAAAAAAAAAAUUAAGAUUAUAAUAUUAUGGGGAAAGAUGCACUUGAUUUAAAAAAUGCAUUUAAAACUUAAACUAUCUUUGUAAGUUAUUUUUUGGGGGUAGUAGGGAGGUGGGAGGAAAGGAUCAGCUCUAGAUUCCCUGUAAGCUGGUUUGGCUUUUUUUUUUUUAAUUUUCAACUUUUCCUGAAAGAGUAAAUAAAAGCAACCUAUUUUUCCAGUGGAUUGCACAUUUUUGCAGCUUUAAUGGAAUAACGGAUGAGUCAGAGGGGGUAAAAGCUAUUUUCACUGCCAUAAAGUGCUUUGAUGAUGUAAUUCCUAAUAAUGGGUAGGAUGAAUAUUUCAAAAUAAAUGUUUGUAUGUGCUAA